GUAUACAUGCCAGCUGCUAGCUUUUCCUGGGAUCCAGGGCAGCUGACAUUGCUGCCAAUAUAAAUUAUUUUGCAGGUUGGAGACUAGUUGGCAAGAGUGUGGUGAGCCUCCCUUUCAUCCAAUCCAGUAGGAGUGCUUUUGGGGUUUGUUGUUUGGGUUGUGUUUUUUUUUCCCUUUGACGUGGCUUCCAGGAGACACAGAGUGAAAGAGCACAAUGGCUUCAUUUCCUGUCUUGAAGCAAGAGACAUUGUUCCGGAAUGGUACCUGGAGCUAUCGAAUUCCAGCUCUGCUCUACCUGCCACGGUUCAGCAUCAUCCUGGCGUUCGCUGAGGAACGGGAGGAUGUGGUGGAUGAACAUGCCAAACUAAUAGCAAUGCGCAGGGGCACAUAUGACCCAACCACACACCAUGUACAGUGGAGUAGCACGGAGCCCAUUGUCAGCGCACAACUGAAAGACCACCGAUCUAUGAACCCCUGUCCUGUUUACGAUGAGGUCUCAGGGAAACUGAUCCUGUUCUUCAUAGCUGUCCCAGGAAAGAUCUCUGAGCAGCAUCAGCUCAAGACAAAGAUCAACCUGGUACGUCUCUGCUACAUCACUAGCAUGGACCAAGGGCAGACCUGGAGCGCUGCCCAGGAUGUCACCAACAGUACCAUUAGCACUGAGUACAGGAACUGGGCCACUUUUGCAGUGGGGCCAGGUCAUGGAUUACAAUUGCUCAACAAGGCCCGGAGCCUCGUGAUUCCUGCCUAUGCCUAUCGUAUCUUGCACCCUAAGCAACACCCCACCCCUCAUGCCUUCUGCUUCAUCAGCUCUGAUCAUGGGACAACGUGGGAGAUGGGGAACUUUGUUGGGGAGGAGAGUGCAGUGGAGUGCCAGGUUGCAGAGGUGCAUACCUGUGGCAGGAAGGUCCUCUACUGCAAUGCAAGGAGCAGCAGGGGAGCCAGAAUCCAGGCUGUCAGCUACAACCAUGGGGUGGACUUUGAGGGAGGCCAGCGGGUAGAAAUGCUGGUAGAACCUCCUUCUGGUUGUCACGGAAGUGUAACUGCCUUUCCACCUCCCCCUGAUGCCAGAUGCCAAGACAGUUGGUUGCUCUACGCUCAUCCUACAGACCCAAAGGGUCGAAGAGAUUUGGGAGUUUACCUCAACAAAAGCCCUUUAAAUCCAGCACACUGGACAAAACCAAGCAUCCUGUUCAAGGGCCUGUGUGCUUAUUCAGAUCUGCAGUACAUGGGUGUUGGGCCAGAUGGCUCACCCUUGUUCUCUUGCCUCUUUGAAUACGGGACCCACCAGCAAUGUGAAGAGAUAAUCUUUGUAAUGUUCACUUUGAAGCAAGCCUUUCCAUCAGAGUGCUGAGACUUGAGCCUUUCCAUCAUCAACCCUCUGAAAACUACCUUUGCUGAUAAUUCUGUCACUGUUACUUGCCAUCUUUCAGCAAAAGGUUUUUUCUGCUCCUCCUGCACCCGUAUUUUGGCAUUGGCUUGUGUCGUCUGUGGAUUACAAACUCUAUUAAACAUAGUAAAAAUGAA